GCGCGAGGCUGGUAUCUAAAAGGUGCCAACAAAAUGGAAGAUGGCGGAAGGAGAAAGGCAGAAUUUAUUUUCCGAUCGUGGACAGCGAAACUAUAAAUCAAAUCCCCUACUCAAUUCAUUCAAGAAAAAUGAAGCCUCAGAGAGAAGUUCUUUGUCAGAGAGCACUGAGGCACCAAAAUCUUAUGGGGCUACUCGGAAUCCACUGCAACCGCAAUGCGACGUGAAGUUGAUAGGUCAUGUUGUGGAACCUACCGACACAUUGCAAGGACUUGCUAUAAAAUAUGGGGUAACGGUUGAACAGUUAAAAAGAGCAAACAAAAUUUGGGCAAAUGACAAUAUACACUUGUUUAAAAUCCUAAAAAUUCCAGUUAGGAAGGACUCAAAACACUACAUAGAAGACUCUGAAUUUUCUGAAGAUGAAUCAGGGACAGAUGAUAGUGGUAUAAAUGAAGACAGAGGCACAAUCAAUUCUGAAGCAAGAGUUGACAAAGGAAAUAAAGGUGGUCACAUGUGUGAUGGAUCUCUUGAGGAAUCCAGAGAAACAGAAGGGGAGAGACAACAACAAAACACAGCUUCCAGUUUUCUGGAGCAACUUGAUGCAAGGAUAAAAAGCUCUAAAAAGGAAUCUGAGAAACUUAGAACUGUUUCAGGACCUAAAGUUAUUGCAGAUUUAGAAAGAGCACAUGCCAGCAGUCUCACAUCUGAAGAUGAUUUGUUUCGACCACUUGAAGCUGGAUCUUCAAGGCGACAAAGAGGACAAGUACUUGCAUCUAAAAGGCAUGUAAGAAAGGAGAAAACUGCUGUCCAGGAUGCCGAUGAUCAGUUCUUUGAGCUUUGACAUAGGAUCUAAAACAGAUAUCAUUUUAAUUUUGCAUUUUAUGAUUUGAAUUGACCAUCAUACAUACAAAGUCAUGACUCCAGUUUUAUUUAAUUUGACAAGAUACAAAUAUCUACAACAAACAUUUGCAUCUGUAAAUUUAUACUGUAUAAUUCAAAUCAAUGAUAGGGAAAACAAAAAUGUUUAAGCUGCAGAUUCUUCAAAGGCUUGUUGGAAAUGUGUCCAUUCACAGCAUACAUAGCUAUCCAGAUACCAAUCGUAGUCCUUUGAAUGACAGAUGUCUUUAACCCUUUACGCUCUAACAUCAGUAUGCAUAUUCUCCAUACUGUUCUCUAUACAUUUCCUGAUGUGCUGACAAGGAGAAUUUGUUUAAAAAUCAAGAGCUUUAUAAGUUGGUGAUCAUUUCCUUGAUUCUCAUGACCUUAAUGUUUGAUUCUGGGGUGAUAUUGUAAAGAGAAAUUAGAAGCUGGUCACUCUUUGGGGUUAAGUGGUCUUAGUUUCUCAGAAGCACAAAUUGGUUUUUAAUUGGAGCUAAAAGCAGCGAAACUUUGGCCCCAGAGGAAAGGGGGUAAUUCAAUUGAGAUAUUUCUUUUUUUUUUAGUCAGACUAAUAUGCUUUUAGUCACUAGUUCAAUUUUGCAUUGAACUAAUCCCUCACCCUACUCAUCUGCUGUUCACACAGUUGCCAGCAUUUUCUCAGGCAUCUUUACCAGAAAUCAAUAACAAUCUGUCAGCUCAAACACACCUUUAUCACUUGAACUCUCAGAAGUGAUUAACACAUAACUUCUCCCUCUUAUAUCCGUACAUCAUCCAGCAAAUAAGUAAUGAGAAUACUCAAACUUAUUAAGUAGAAGUAGUUUUCUUGAUCCAACACCAAAUUGUUGCAACUAAAUUACAAUGAAAUGUGUAGCAGCCAGAAGCAAGAAUUAACAAGCAGAUCCUAGGAUUUGAAGGGUUAAUUGCAUGAGAUAGAGUGACAGGUAUAGAUUUAAAAAGAAUUCAUGUAGAGAUUUUUACUCCUUAGUGAGGGUUCAGAGGAGAUGAAAAUUUUGAAAUGACUGAAAUUUACUUUGUCUGGCCAGGAAGUAAUUUUAUAUUCAAACUCAGUCAGAUUUUACCAUAGUUGUAGAGCUAACAAUGGAGACAGGAAACUUUGAGUUCCAUUUAUGUUAUACAUGAAUGCUACUGGUAGGAAGGAAGUUUGUCAUUGUCUUAGUGAAUAUUCCAUCCCUUCAACCACAAUUAAUCUUGACUCUGUUUAACAUGGAAAGUGAAACUGGAUUCUUAGCUGCUAAACCAUGUAUAAAAUGGAAAGAAAAUUCAGUUCUAUAAAAAGUUACGGUAAUUGAAUGUUAAGUAAUUAUUAGGAGUGGUUGUCACUUCCUGGAGAAACAUUUUUAAUAUAUUUUUUCAUCAUUAAGUCCAUGAAUUUUUCUUAGGGAUUAAUAAUUGAAGUAUUUUUAUAGUGAAACAAAUUAACAAGGCAAAAUUGGUCUAAUAGGAUGAUGUGAAAUAUUUAACAAGAAUAUUAUGAACAGUUACAAAGCCAGGAUGAAAUACAUAGUGAGUGAGAUGUGACAAGCAUUAUACAAGCAUUAUUCAAUACAUUGAGCACUUACAUUUCCUUAACGCACGGUAUCUAGGUCAAUUGUCUGUAAGUUUCUUUCUUUAUCUCUAACAAUAUGAUUCCCCAAGCAAACUCUAAAAGAAAUCUAUGGCAGACAGUAAGGAGAAUUUUCAUUAAUGUAUUGGGAGUGAAUAGGGUUUAAUCUGUUUGUGGGAAGAACUAAAUUGUUGAUUUGUAUUUGUAUGUCAUAACUUAAACCAGAGUUUGAUGGGUUAAUGCUUUAACUCCUACAAGUGAUUAGGAUGUAACUUCUCCUAUUAUAUAUCUUGAUCUAACACCAAAUUCUUAUAACUAAUUUACCAGGAAAUGUUUAGCAGCUAGGAGGGAGAAUUAAUAAUCUGAUCUUGGUAAUUAAAAGGUUAACCGACUGUA